AUGCAGGAAGUUUGUGGCUUUCAAACAACACCACCCACAGUGCAUCUAAUCGUGCCAGCUGUCAUUUGGAUUCGUAAUAUGUAUCAACUUUAUGACAGGAACAUUCCACAUAUGGGUCUAUACAGGACAAACGUGAUCAAUAAAAAGGACAGAGGUGGAAAUCGAAAAAAUGUACUGACUCAUAAUAUAUCAUUCAAAUUGCUUUCUCAUGCGUUGAAUCAUCAAUUACAGAUAUCGGUCAAAUUUGAUAAUGUAAAUGAUGAUGGUGAACCAAAAAAGAUGAAAGUUGAAAUGGAAGCAACUUACGUAGCAAAUCAUUACGGAAACAUACAAUACAAAAAGUCAGAAGAUAUGAAGUUUCUGCUCAACCGGGAAAAUCAAUAA